UUCUUGAAAAAGAUUCUCCACCCAGUCCUAAAUUACAGCCAUUUUCUGCUGUUUUAAUUAAUGGUAUCAUUAAUUAUCAUUCUUCCGUUUGGUCCCCAAAACCCUCUCCUUGUCUCACUCAGUGCUGUAAUUUGUCACUUCCUCUAAUAAUGUUUCUGUAAUAUCAAAACCCUACAAAUAUAUACUGCUAUUUAUUUUAUUUUUUGAAAGGGGGAGAAAUUUGUUGGCUUCUUGCUCAUGGAUCUCUGUUUCUCGAUGCUUCUGCGCUUCCACAUUGCUCUGUUUCUGUUCUCCAGAGCUGCAUUUGCGGCGACGUUCACAUUUGUGAACAAAUGUGAGUACACAGUGUGGCCGGGAAUUCUGGCGAACGCCGGCAGCCCGCCGCUGGACAGCACCGGCUUCGAGCUCCCCAGCGACUCAUCUAGGGCGUUCGUCGCCCCUUCCGGCUGGUCCGGCCGGUUCUGGGGCAGAACCGGCUGCACAUUCGCGGCGGGAACUGGGUCGUGCCAGACCGGUGACUGCGGGUCGGGUCAAUCGGAAUGCAAUGGGUCGGGUGCGGCGCCGCCGGCCACGCUGGCGGAGAUCACUCUCGGCGUCGGCGGGCUGGACUUCUACGACGUCAGCCUCGUCGACGGCUACAACUUGCCGAUGAUAGUCGAGGCCACCGGCGGGUCGGGAAUGUGCGCGUCGACGGGUUGCGUGACGGAUCUGAACCGGGCCUGCCCGUCGGAUCUACGCGCCGCCGGCGGAAGCGCGUGCAACAGCGCGUGCGAGGCGUUUGGGAAGCCGGAGUACUGCUGCAGCGGGCCGUACAACUCGCCGGCGGCGUGCCGGCCGUCGUUCUACUCUCAAAUCUUCAAAUCGGCGUGCCCUAGAUCAUACAGCUACGCCUACGACGACCCCACCAGCACCUUCACCUGCUCCGGCGCCGAUUAUACGGUGACGUUUUGCCCCUCCAUGCCCAGUCAGAAAUCAUCGAAAGAUCCAGCUCCGACGAUGACGUCACCGGGGGGGGCAAUAAACACAGAGGGGUCGUCGUCUUCGUCGUCUUCUUCGUCACUGUCAGGGUCAGAAAGUAACAUGGGUGGGUCCGGGGAGGCAGGAGGAUCCGAACCGGAAUCAGAAUACGGGUCCGGGUCCGGGUCAGAAGCAAUGCUGGCUGAUGGAAGCUGGCUUGCAGGGUUGGCCAUGGGAGAGUCGUCGAGAUUUGAGUGUCCGCCAUUGUUGCAGUCGCUGGUCGUCGUCUUUAUUGUUGCAGGAGCAGCUUCUGCUGUAUUCUAUAUAUAACUAUUUAAUUUAAUUUAAUGUUUUUUUCUUUUUUUUUUUAAAUGGUAGUUAGGGAAGUGUUGGUUGGUUGCAGAAAUGAAUCUGGGAUUUUCUUUUUUGGCCUUCAAUUGUGGAUAUGCAUGCAUGUAAUUGUAAGGGGUGAUUAGAUUCUUGGUUUCAACUCUUUUAAGCUUUUAGGUUUUAUUUUAAUUAAUUUAAUUUCAAGAA